AUGGAACUCUUUAAAAGCAAAUGUGUUGGAAUUGUUGGUUAUGUAGAGAAAAAAUGCAUCAGCAACUCAGUUAAAUGGCACCCUAUCAUUAUCUUCUUUUCUUUUCUUCCAGAAGUCUACUCUGCAACUGCAUACUGGAUGCCUGCUGAAAAGACAGUACUAGUCAAAAACGUGCUGGACAGGAGUGGGGAUGCCUACGGCUUUUACAAUAACUCUAUGAAAACCACAGGCUGGGGCAUCCUGGAGAUCCGAGCGGGGUAUGGUUCUCAGACCCUGAGCAAUGAGGUCAGCAUGUUUGUGGCUGGCUUUUUGGAGGGUUACCUCACUGCCCCACAAAUUCAGGACCACUUCACAAACCUCUACCCACAGCUGAUUAAGAAAACUUCCAUCGUGAAUAAAGUGCAAGAUUUUAUAGUGAAGCAAGAUCAAUGGAUCCAGAAAAUGAUCAAAGAUCACAAGGAUGACCCGUUUUGGAGACAUGUAGCCUAUGUUAUGGCGCAAAUGAAUGGGCUGUAUGUAGGAGCAGUAAGGAGGGCUGAAUUAGAAGGGACAAAGCCCAUAACCUUAUUCCAGAUUCAGUUCCUGAAUGCUAUUGGAGAUCUGUUGGAUUUGAUUCCCUCACUUUCUCCCACACAGAAGUACAACCUGAAAGUUUUUAAGAGAUGGGAUAUGGGACAUUGCUCUGCUCUUAUUAAGGUUCUUCCUGGAUUUGAGAACAUCUUUUUUGCUCACUCAAGCUGGUACACGUAUGCAGCCAUGCUCAGGAUAUAUAAACACUGGGACUUCAAUAUCAUAGAUAAAGACACCAUCAGUAGUCGCCUCUCUUUCAGCAGUUACCCAGGGUUUUUGGAGUCUCUGGAUGACUUUUACAUUCUUAGCAGUGGUUUGAUACUGCUGCAGACCACAAAUAGCGUGUAUAAUAAAACCCUGCUGAAGCUGGUGGUACCCCAGUCUCUCCUAGCCUGGCAAAGAGUCCGUGUGGCCAAUAUGAUGGCAAAUGAUGGCAAACAGUGGGCAGAGAUCUUUUCAAAAUAUAACUCUGGCACCUAUAACAAUCAGUACAUGGUCUUGGACCUGAAGAAGGUAAAACUGAAUUACAGCCUUGAAAAAGGCACUCUGUACAUUGUGGAGCAAAUUCCUACAUAUGUAGAAUAUUCUGAACAGACUGAUGUUCUACGGAAAGGAUAUUGGCCCUCCUACAACAUUCCUUUCCAUGAAAAAAUCUACAACUGGAGUGGCUACCCAAUGCUGGUUGAGAAGCUGGGUUUGGACUACUCUUACGAUCUGGCUCCACGAGCCAAAAUCUUCCGGCGUGACCAAGGGAAAGUGACUGAUAUGGCGUCCAUGAAAUAUAUCAUGCGAUACAACAAUUAUGAGAAGGAUCCUUACAGUAAGGGCGAUCCCUGCAACACCAUCUGCUGCCGUGAGGACUUGAACUCCCAGAACCCGAGUCCUGGAGGUUGCUAUGACACGAAGGUGGCAGAUAUCUACCUAGCAUCAGAUUACACAGCCUAUGCCAUUAGUGGCCCCACAGUACAGGAUGGCCUCCCUGUUUUUCACUGGAACCGGUUCAACAAAACUCUCCAUGAGGGCAUGCCAGAGGCCUACAACUUUGAUUUUAUUACUAUGAAACCAAUUCUGAAACCUGAAAUUUAAGAGGGAGAUGAAGGACUAGAAGGCUGAAAAUAAGAUACCAAAGGCACUAUUUUAGCUAUGUUUUUUCAUUCAAAAUUAGUGUUAAUAAAAUAUAUUAAAUUCGGUCUGUCACUUUCA